AGCGCAUGUAUAACCAACUUCAAGGUCAUCACUCCGAACACUUAGUCACUUCAGAUGAGUAAUGUGUUGACUCGUGGCCGCCUUUCACAUUCAUUUUCGAACUCUGACCAAGAUGCUUUCGAAAAUGCAAUUAUUCGAGUUGGCACAGAUUUUCAAGCUGACCUUCCGCUUUUCAAUGGUGAACCAUCUCCAAGCGUUUUCAAUCAACCAGAUCGGGGAGUUGCUUUAUGGCUUCCUAUACCUGGUAGUCUCCAUAAUCAGUUGGAGGAAUUUUUAAAUACAGCUACUGAAAAAUAUGGUAAGAAAUAUUACUUUGUUUUAUCAAGUUAUUCAGAAGAACAAGCUCUUGCUUUACUUACAUGGCAUAAAACUGAUUUUGAUCAUGCUUUAGCAGAUUUAUGCAAUUUUAGUCCAAUCAAAUAUGAAUGGACAAUAUCUGAACGAAGAAUAUUUUUUAUAUCUGUUGACUAUUAUAAUAAACAAUUUCAUCAAAUAAAAAAACUUUUUCCUAAUCGUACUGUCAAUGAAUUAAUUCUAUUCUAUUAUCUUAAUAAACGCAAUCAACAAACAUUGCACGAAAUGGGUUUAUACGGACCUAAAUGGUCUAGUUUGUAUAGACGUGGUUAUUUAAUCCCAGGCAUUUUACCACCACCGGAUACUGUCCCUGUAAAGACACUGACCAGUAAUCAUAAAAAAUAUACUAUCGAUUUAGAUACGAAUGAUCCGGUCGAUGCAGAAAUCAAACGUUAUUUUGAUACUUUGCAUGAUUGUGUAUUAUUACCGGAAUCGGAAGAAUCAAAUCAAGACACAGAACCUGGCGGUGGUGGUGGUGGUGGCACAUCAAGUAUGCAAUCGGAUUCCGAGGCAGAAGUGCGUACACCAUCUUCUUCCGCAGUAGCGGCCAAUAUUGAAGGGAGUGAACAAAUACUAGAUUAUGAACAGAAUAAAGUAAGAAAAGAUUCCAACGGACCUGGUCGUAGACGUCGAAAACAAUAUGGUGCUGGCGGUAAAACUCGAUCUACCACUUCGGGAUUUAUUUUAUCGCAAUCAUCAUUAAAUUUAUUACCGGAUGAUUUUAAUCCAACAAAUCGUUUGUCUGUACGUAAACAUGCACGUUUUGAAGAAGAGAUUGCAGCUGUAACAUCAGCCGCUAUAACUUCUAGUAAUAGUGGUCAAUUACGUGAGAACAACAAAAAGUUAGUUGAAAUACAUACAGGCAUUAAUCCUGGUGUACGUAGUUCCAGAAGAGGUAUAUUGUUUGCUACCACACCACAUACAAUAAGACCAACAUUACCUCCUGGAGUGUAUCAUUCACAUAAACAAUUUCUUCGAGUAUGUCAUUACACAGCUGACCAAUAUAAUCAAGAAAUCGAUCAGUUGAAUAGUACAUUACAGACAUUAUGUAAACAGGUCGAUGAUGGGAAUGAGCUUGCUCAACGAGAAACUCAACUCCUGAAUGGUAUCACUUCAUUACGACCUCCUUCAUUGCCUAUUGAUCCCUAUUGGAGUCCAGUAGAUAUACAACUCGCUUGUCAUGCUAUCGGUAAAUUAGGACGUGAUUAUGAAGGUAUCGCUGAGUGUUUAUUAAAUAAAACUCCAAGUAUGGUAGCCACAUUAAUAGAAACGCAUGGACAACAUUUGAAUUUGAAUCAAUUAGCAUCCAUGGCUCCAAUUAUCAUACUUUAAUAAUAAUUUUUUACAUACAUUUGUGUAAAUACGUCAUUUAUAAAUAAUAAUAAAAAAGAACUAGUUGUCCAGUUUCUGUAAAUGUUUACCGUGUUUUCUUCUUCUUCGUUGUUGUUGUUGUUGUCGUUGUUGUCAUUCCAGAUUCUUCUUCCUUUCUUUUCCCCAGUUAUGCAAUGAUUAUUGUAUAUUUUUCCCCUCAACUUAAUACAUUUUGUUUAUUAAUGUUGUUUCUCUGUGAAUAGAAUUCUCCUUCCACAGUUCCCCGCUGUUUUUUUCUCCUUUAGUUUCCAUUCAUAUCAUUCUAUACAAAUUGUUUCAUCUUUUGAUUUAUGUUACUUGUUUUUAACACAUACACUUACAUAUACAUAUAUAUACACACGUACAUACAUACAUACAUACAUACAUAUAUGCACACACAUACGCAUACAUACAUACAUAUAUUCAUUGUUGAGUCUGUUCUCUUAGUUUGCAUUGUUCUAUAUUUGUUUUGGGUUUCUUUAAAUAAGUUUUCAAAAAAAGGAUAAUUAGUUAGUGAUAAUUUCUUAGAAAUUUUAAAGAAUAUUGUUAUAUAAUUUUUUUGUAAUACCAAUUUGUAACAGUUGAGUUAUUUAUUUUCAGAAGGGGGUUUUAUAAAGAUUUUAGUAAUUUAAUAGUUGAAUUCAUAAAGCUAAACCACAAUAGAAAACCUGGA